GAGACGGUUUCCGAGGAGUCGAGGGUAUAAAGCGCCCGCCGCCGCCGCUGGCCCGCCGCCUCUCCUGCCGACCCCCUCGCCAGCCGUGGCCGCCCCGGACGGACCCGCCAGAGCCCCCGGAGCAGCCCCGUCCCCAGCGCCCUCCACGCAGCCGGCCCCUGCCCAGCGGGGGGAGCAGCCGGGCCCCGGCGGAGCAGCGCGGUCCGCAAGGAGCAGAUUUAUCAGCCACUCGAUGGGGAUUCGCAUCUUCUCUUCACCUUUGUGUAGCCAGCGGAACGACUUCAGCACCUCUUCAGUUCUCAUUAUGAAACUUGUAUUAACUGAAUGGCAAUUAUGGAUUUUUAACUCUAGAUCCCAGUAAGCAAAAAAAAAAUAAUUGAAAAACAAGGAAGCCAGCUAAGCCAUAUGUUGAAAAAAAAAUCCAUUCUUUCUACCAAAUAAGUUGGAUGUUCCUCUCCGAAUGUUGGGAAAGCCUUUGUGAAGAUUCGAUGCCAAAAAAAACCCACCGUUUGCUCCCGAGGGAAAUUACAAAUAUUUUGCUUGCACACAAGGAUCGGGACCCCAUGAGGAACAGCGGAAGAAGGCGCCCUAAUUUAUCGCAAGAGAUGACAGAGUUAUUUAUAUAGAGAUUUUAAAAGAGAAAAAAAAAAGGGAAAAAAAAUUAAAUCUAUAUAGCUAGAUAUAGAUAGAUAGAUAGAGAGAUAUAUAAAUAUAUGUAUUUUUUAUGGUGAUGAAAAUGGCUCCCCAGAAUGCUGACUCAGAAUCUAUGCAAGUCCAAGAGCUUCCGGGCGUUCAGCUCCAGAAACCCGAAAAGGAGCGCGAGAGCAAAGAAGAGACGAUUAGCGAAGGAUCCAUAGACCGUAUCCCGGUGCGGCUAUGGGUGAUGCACGGCGCGGUCAUGUUUGGCAGGGAAUUUUGUUACGCAAUGGAGACAGCUUUGGUGACACCGGUAUUGUUACAAAUUGGUCUUCCUGAACAGUACUACAGCCUCACCUGGUUCCUUAGUCCAAUCCUGGGCCUGAUCUUUACCCCUUUAAUUGGUUCGGCCAGUGAUCGCUGCACCCUCAGCUGGGGCCGCCGCCGGCCAUUUAUUCUCGCGCUCUGCAUCGGGGUCCUCAUUGGCGUUGCCCUUUUCUUAAAUGGAUCUGUUAUUGGCCUUGCUAUCGGAGAUGUCCCAGACAAGCAGCCCAUCGGCAUCGUCCUCACCGUUCUCGGCGUGGUGGUGCUGGACUUCUGCGCUGACGCAACCGAGGGGCCCAUCCGCGCCUAUUUGCUGGACGUGGUGGACAGCGAAGAGCAGGACAUGGCCCUCAAUAUCCAUGCUUUUUCAGCCGGCCUGGGAGGAGCCAUUGGCUACAUGCUGGGCGGCCUCGACUGGAUGCACACCAUCUUGGGCAGCCUCUUCAAAUCCCAGGAGCAGGUCCUCUUCUUCUUUGCCGCCAUUAUCUUCUCGAUUUCCGUUGUCCUCCACCUAUGCAGCAUCGAGGAAGAGCAAUACAACCCGCAACAGGACCGGAUCGACGACGAAGCGGAGACCCUGUCCAGCGUCAAGCUGAGCGGCAGCCUCCCUCCCCUCAACCGGCUCAACGUCAUCAACGAGGAGGAGCCUUACGGGAACUCCUUCUUCCCGGACGAGGUCCAGUCCGAACAAGACCUCAACCUGGAGUUCCUGGAGGUGGACAUUGUCAGGAGUAAGAGCGAUUCGGUCCUGCACAUGCCAGACGCCACCCUCGAUAUGGAAUCGGAGCUGCUCUUCCUUCACGAGAUCGAACCUUCCAUUUUUCAGGACUCGUCCUACCCGGCGACGCCGCGCAGCACCAGCCAAGAACUCAUGAAAUCCAAAUUCAACCGCUUGUCUGCUUUCCUCAGGGAGAACGAGAAGGAGGAGGAGAUGUUACUUGAGAAUCACUUGAACGAGGCCAAAGUCCCCAAUGGGAACGGCUCCCUACCAAAAGAUCUCCUGAACGGGCACGUCAGGGUGGGCAUGAAGCAGUCGUGCACCUCAAGCUCCAUGCGCCGGCGGAGGCACAUGUUCUACCGCCAGCCUUCGAACACCUUCUCCUACUACGGGAAGAUCGGGUCCCACCACUACCGCUUCCGGCGGGCCAACGCCGUGGUCUUGAUCAAGUCCUCCCGGAGCAUGAAUGACAUCUACGACAUGCAGAAGAGGCAGCGGCAGAGGUACCGGCACCGGAACCCGAGCGGUGCGACCAACUCCAGCGGAGACACGGAGAGCGAGGAAGGUGAAACGGAGACCACCGUGAGGCUCUUGUGGUUGUCCAUGCUGAAGAUGCCCAAAGAGCUGCUGCGGCUUUGCGUGUGUCACCUCUUGACCUGGUUCUCCAUCAUUGCUGAAGCCGUCUUCUACACCGACUUCAUGGGCCAGGUCAUCUUCCACGGGGAUCCCAAGGCCCCUUCUAAUUCUACCGAGCUGCAGGACUACAGCGCUGGCGUCCAGAUGGGCUGCUGGGGCCUGGUCAUCUAUGCUGCUACUGCUGCUGUGUGUUCAGCUGUACUCCAGAAAUACUUGGACAAUUAUGACUUGAGCAUACGAGUGAUCUACAUCUUGGGCACCCUCGGGUUCUCCAUCGGCACGGCGGUGAUGGCCAUCUUCCCCAACGUCUACGUUGCCAUGAUCAUGAUCAGCACCAUGGGAAUCGUUUCGAUGAGCAUCUCCUACUGCCCAUACGCACUUCUGGGGCAGUACCAUGACAUCAAGGAGUACAUCCAUCACAGCCCUGGCAACUCCAAGCGAGGCUUUGGCAUCGAUUGUGCCAUCUUAUCGUGCCAGGUCUACAUCUCCCAGAUCCUGGUAGCUUCCGCCCUGGGAGGCGUGGUGGAUGCUGUGGGCACCGUCCGGGUCAUUCCGGUAGUGGCGUCCGUGGGCUCUUUCCUGGGCUUCCUGACGGCCACCUUCUUGGUGAUUUACCCAGAUGUUGGGGAAAGUUCGAAGGAAGAGCAGAAGGAGCUGGCCCCGCCGGCCGCAGCGGAAAGCAGCAGCGGGAACGAGGAGAAACCGAUGGUGAUCAAACUCACCCGCGGAAAAGAUCCGACUGCACCAGAGGUGGAAAGCGAGUCGGCCGUUUGAAGGCGCCCCUCACGCACAUUCCAAGCAAUCCAGAUGCAAAAUCCAGAACGUCCUUCAAAGCAAAAUUUUGAAUUUUUAGCGGGCAGCUCCCACCAUUUUAAUUUGCAGCAGGGGGAUUUUAGGGAGGGGGGGAGGGGAAGAUGAUUUCACACAAUUGUGGAGCCCAGAAGAUUUUCAUGUUGACGGCUUUAUCUACAAUCCAGAAAAAAAAAAUUCUCUCUUUCUUAGAGGUGUUUUUAAUGAAGAGAAACGCGUUUUUGGAUUUCCGAAGCGGUUUUUAUCAACCAGAAGGAAAAUGUCCUUCUGGAUUUUUUGGGGGGUUUUAAAAAGUCAUGGCGUUCUUUUCUCUCUUUCGUUUUUCUCCCGCCAAUUAUUCAUUUGGACAUUUCUUUAUUUUAUUUUUUGGACAAUUGGAAAGUUUGGGAUUUAACUUGAGCCGUUCUUGCUUCCUCUUCUUUUUUUUUUUUCAGGAAAAAGAAAGCUUUUGCUGUUAUCUUCUCCAGGCCGCUUAGUUUUUCUUAAAGACAAUCAAUUUGCAUUUGGUUGAAAUUUGUGCAUUUGUAGAAUCGAUGCAAUAUUAAAAUCGACAGCUUUCCUUGGGGGGGGGGGUGGUUCCCCCCCACCUUUCCUCUCUUGAACUUUGGCCUGGAACUCAUUAUUUUGGGAGUCAUCGCUGUUCUCGCCCCCAAUUUUAUGUGAAAUUAUCGCAGCAGAGUCCACAGUGUGAACAGCUUGCUCGUUUAUUUAUUUUUAAAAAUAAAAAAAUAAAAUUCAG